AUGCUGAUUGGUGCCUUUGACUUUGAGAAUCUUGUCCUUCCUGAAUGUUUCUUUUCAUUUGUGGACGUGAGAAAAGAGGUUCACAAAUGCUGCCCCAACGCUGGCCCUGUGCAGAAGCUAACGCUUCCCACCAUGUUAGAACAUGUUGGUCUUCCUGCUGUCUCAGAGCAGCUGAUGGGUGUGAGGGAGGUGAGCAGCAUGGUGCAGCUGAUGCUCUGCAUCCUGGCUGAGCCCUACAAUCACAAAUUCUCCUGUGUUGAAACUGUGAAAUACAAGUUUGAUUCUGGCACAUGCAGUAAGACGGAGCCGGUGGACAGUGAGACGGUAAUCAGAGCACGGGGGCUCCCGUGGCAAUCAUCAGACCAAGACAUUGCUCGCUUCUUUAAAGGCCUCAAUAUUGCAAAGGGUGGCGUGGCCCUUUGUCUUAAUGCUCAGGGGCGGAGGAAUGGCGAGGCCUUGGUUCGUUUCAUCAACUCAGAACACAGGGACCUGGCCCUGGAGCGACACAAGCACCACAUGGGUAGCCGCUACAUUGAGGUCUACAAAGCCACAGGAGAGGAAUUCCUUAAGAUUGCUGGAGGUACAUCUAACGAGGUGGCCCAGUUCCUGUCCAAAGAGAACCAGGUGAUUAUCCGCAUGCGGGGGUUGCCGUUCACCGCCACUCCCCAAGAAGUGCUGUCCUUCCUUGGCUCUGAGAGCCCAGUUACAGAUGGUGCAGAGGGUCUACUCUUCGUCAAGUACCCUGACGGACGGCCCACUGGUGAUGCCUUUGUGCUCUUCUCCUGUGAAGAAUACGCCCAGAACGCCCUGAAGAAGCACAAGCAGAUCCUGGGGAAGCGCUAUAUUGAGCUGUUCCGGAGCACAGCAGCAGAGGUGCAACAGGUCCUGAACCGAUAUAUGUCCACACCUCUAAUCUCCACACUGCCUCCAUCUCCCAUCAUGCCCGUCCCAGUCCUUGCCACUCCUCCCUUCCUUCCAGCCGCCAGCUGCACACGUGACUGUAUUCGCCUGCGUGGUCUGCCUUACACUGCAGGCAUCGAAGACAUCCUGGAGUUCAUGGCAGAGCAUACUGUGGACAUCAAACCCCAUGGUGUCCACAUGGUCCUCAACCAACAGGGUCGGCCCUCUGGUGACGCCUUCAUCCAGAUGAGAUCAGCCGACAAAGCGUUCAUAGUGGCCCAGAAGUGCCAUAAAAAGACAAUGAAGGACCGGUACGUCGAAGUGUUCCAGUGCUCCACAGAGGAGAUGAGCAUUGUGCUGAUGGGAGGAACCCUGAACCGCAGCGGCCUCUCCCCUCCGCCCUGCAAACUUCCCUGUCUAUCUCCCCCCACAGCCUACACUGCAUUCCCCACCCCGCCAACCAUUCUGUCUGAGGCUGGCCUCUACCAGCCCCCCCUGCUGGCUGCUCCGAGACCUCCUCAGACCUCUGCACACAGCCCUGCUCACACUUUGGCCUACUACCCCCACCAGCCGCACCUGUACAUGAACAUGAACAUGAACUACACAGCUUACUACCCCAGUCCCCCAGUUUCUCCCUCCACAGUAAGCUACUUUGCAGCGCCGCCAGGAGCAGUAGCAGCAGCAGUGGCAGCCCAGUCCCACCCUGCAGCCGCCGCUCCUGUGCUGCCCCAGCCUGGCGCCUUGGUCAGGAUGCAGGGUCUGCCGUACAACACCGGAGUCAAGGACAUCCUCAGCUUCUUCCAAGGAUACCAGCUCCAGCCAGACGCCAUCCUCAUCUUGUACAACUUCAGCGGCCAGUGCAGCGGCGAGGCCUUGAUCACCUUCCCCAGCGAGGAGAGCGCCAGGCGGGCUGUAGCUGAGCGCUCCAACCACCCCUUCUACGGUCAGCAGGUCCACCUGCUCUUUUGCAACUGACGCCUCCCCCUUCCCUCAAUCUGCCCCCUCCCUGUCGAACAGCACUCACCUCCCGCCUUCCCCACGGAACUGAACAAACUCCAGUUGAUAUCAGUGCUACAUGAAGCAGCUGCUGAACCUUUACCCUCCCUGUGAUCUGACAUGUAUUACUACACACUACGACGCUGCCAGCCCCCACACUCCCGAAGCCACUGGUGGAGUUUGAACAUCUUCGGGGGGGAAGCGGCUGAAGUCAUUAAAGCUUUGCGUUGUACUCAUGACUGUGGAUGCCACUGUGUAUUUGCACCUACUGUAAUAGCUGUAUGUGGAGAGGAGAUGUUGUGGAGCCUGGACACCUGUGUCUCAGUGGCUCAGUGUAUUUAAAGGCUCAGCUGUAUAUCCUGUGUUUCUCUCAUCAAACUGUAGUUUCAUCCUGAAAAGCUUGAGGCUGCACAAACGUCUGCUGUUGAUCUUUUAUGUAUAUUUCAGAAUUUUCCCUCUCGACCACUAGAUUUUUGUUCGUCAUAGUUUAUGGGCCUUUGUGUUCGCUGAAUGCAAACACACGUGUAUGUUUAUUCAUUUAAUGGUCUCCAGUGGUGCCAUUGUAAAGUGAGAAAGAAAAAAGCCAUAAAGACUUGACUUAAACUACUGAAACAAAGACAACUGUGUUCUUUAACUGUCGUGAAUGAAUUUGAACUUUGAGCUGCAGGGACUUUUGGUUAAAAGCACAGUAACAUCACAGAUGUGUCAGUGAAUCAAUGAUUGUGUAACAUGUGUUUUUUCUCUAUAAAGCAUUUAUGUAUCUGACGUGUGUCAUCAUCCUGUUUAGACCUUUUUGUCCAAGCACUACAGAUUUGCUGUCAUUCCGAUCAGAGUUAAAGAACUUUGUCUGAGUAGCAUGGCAGAAUAAUACUAUUUUUAUUUCUAUUAUUCCCAAUUCUUUAGUUAUUAAAUCUAAAUUGACAGAUGUAUCCUGAGGCCUUUUCUAAUGAUCAACCUCAGCUACUGUACAUUCUUGUUUAGUUUUUGUUUCCAGACUAUAACGAUCAGUCUGUAACAUCUUUGAUUCCUGCUGCUAACAGCUGUCUUUAUUUUUCUACAGUCUUUACUUGCAUUACCCAGAGUGCAGUACUGGUCCACAUGGGGCGAGGUCGACCUCUGGUGGCAGAUGAGAUGUUUCUUUGUUUGCGAGUUUGAGACUUGCAUGAAUUUAGCUCUAUGUGAAUUAGACUGUAAACGAUAAAAAAUGUUGACAAAUGA